AUGAAAGUGGAAGAACAGCAAAUGGGUACAGCGCCGCCGCCGCUGCCACCGCUGCCGCCGCUGCCACCGCUGCCGCCGUCUCCGUCGAUGAAUCCGAUGUUACCCGAUCCGAUUCGGAUUCCUAAUUUGGAUCUGAUGACGGGUUUGGAAUCGGCUUCCAUUGAUCAACUGAUACAAUUCCUUUCUGAUCCUGUUUAUAGAGUGCCCGCCAUGACCAUGCUUAUCAAGAGUCAUUCAAGAAAUGAAGAUCUUGCAAUGAAAUUAUGGGAAUCUCAAAACACUAUCAGUGUUUUGCUAUUGGAAGUGAUCAAUUUGUUCAGGAAACUUGAACCGCAGAUUUUGACGGCGGAGGAAUCCGACCGGGUAUGUUUGAUUAUAACUUUGUUUCAGGUUAUAGCUUCUCAUCCACAGACAAAGAGGCUGUUUAUACAAGCCCACAUUCCAAUAUAUUUGUACCCAUUCCUUUCAGCAAAGGUUAGAAGGAGAGCUUAUGAUAAUCUUAGGCUUGCUAGUUUGGGUGUUCUUGGUGCUCUAGUUAAGACUGAUGAUGAUGAAAUUGGGUAUUUUCUUCUGGAAACUGAAAUAUUUCCUCUAUGCCUAUGCUCAAUGGAAUAUGGAUCUUCACUUUCAUGCACUGUUGCAACUUUUAUUUUGUGGAGAAUGUUGAAUCAGCAACCUGGACUGAUUUAUUGCCUUGAAACUAUGGAAAGGUUUCUAGCCGUUACUGGAAUUCUCGAAAGGAUGUUGAUAAGGCUCACAACCGAGCCUCAACCCUCGAUGAGACUGCUCAAAUAUAUUAUCGGGUGUUACAUUUCUUUGGCUGGAUCGUCUAAGCUUAGGGAUCCGAGGACAUCGAAAGAAGUUUUGGGACGAUGUUUUCCUAUUUGUAUAAGAGAUGGAGCUUUCAAUAGCUACAUUGAAAAGCUUGAAGACUCGUCCGUUAUCAGAAUGCUUAUGCAGCAUUUGUAUGAAAUUGUGAAUCGUUUAAGGGGAUAG